AUGCUUUCCAAAGUAGCUGCUGGUGUUAAAGACUGGUCUAGUUCUAACGAAGAAAGAUAUGACCGUAGAAGGGGGGAACCGUUGAAAAAUCAGCCCAAAUUGCCUGAACAAUUUUUUGGGGACUUUGCGGGAAAUAUUUUCGGUGUAAAGGAUGAUACUACAGGCCCUUUGUGUGACAAAUGUGAACUCCCCGUUAAACUAUAUGGGCGCUUGAUACCCUGCAAGCAUGCUUUUUGCUAUGACUGUGCUAUUUUGCCUAAAGAAAAGGGAGCUAGAGUGUGCCCGGGCUGUAAUAGUGCUGUGCAUCGAAUCGAACAAUGUUUGCCAGGUUCUAUCUUCAUGUGUGACACUGUUCAGGGGUGCAAGAGAACCUACUUAUCUCAAAGGGACUUACAGGCUCACAUCAACCACCGUCAUAUGGGCGUGGUAAAACUGGUUACUCCUGUGACUGAAAAUGGCCGCGCUCCUGUUCCCUCAACAUCCGCUCAAGUUCAUGAUCGUUUUACGAUGCCUUUAGAGAAGCGUUAUAUAAGCCACAUUCCUCCAGAGCAGCACACCACCACGCCAUUACUUCCUUUGCAGUAUGUGCCCCGUGAGCAUUAUAAUCAACCACAGGAGGAUAUUCGAGCUCCUCCUGUGGAUUACCCAGUGCUUCCAAUGGUUACCACAUCUCCUUGGGGCAGGCAGGAAAAUCUAAAAAGAAAAUGCAGCAAUUUAAUAACCGUUCCUAUUCGGGAUGAUUUAAAUUUAGGCCCACAACCGCCUCCAGUCUCAGCACUUGAUCGCCAUCAUCCUCAAUUUCAGGGUCAACUAUUUUCUCACCCUCAUCAUACUAUACCUCCACAACAAUUUUAUGUACCACCACCAUUACCACCACCUUUUCCUCCUCCUCCUCCUCCUCUGCCGCCGCCACCACCGCCCCCGCCGCCGCCGCCACCAGGAGCAUUAAGCCAUUCAAUGCGGUAUUCUUUCCAGGCUCCGGGUACUCCUUAUGUCCGUUAUAGCCAAGUUCCUCCUCCAUCAGUGACCUCUGUUCUGCCACCAGUUAACCAACCCUUUCAACAUAUCAUUGCCCAGAUGGUACCACGUAUGAAUCAUCCUCUGCCAAGAUUUCCUUCCACAUUACGGGGUGGCCUUCCUGUAAAAGUCCGCAGACCGUACCAGUAUAAUCCUAACCCUUGGCUGCAGUUUCCUGAAUAUCAAAGACCUCUAAAUCCUUCAAUCACACAGCCAGGAAAAAUGAAUCCUGGUGUAUGGGCUGCAUCAAGAGGACGACCUCAAUUUCCAUCAAUGCAGGGUCCAUUUCGAGGUGCGUUUUCAGGACCGUCUUAUCCUGAUCGGAUGAGAAAUAGACUCUAUUAA